CCGGCCAUGGCGGGGCUGCUGCAGGCCCUGGUGGGCGCCUCGGAGAAGGCGGCGCACAUCGCCCGGCUGUGCCGGGGGGAGCACCCCCUCUUCCAGCUGCUGGUGGCCGAGAAGACGGGGCCCGAGAGGAACCGGAGGUUCCCGCAGGACUUCAAGACGCUGGCGGACGUCCUCAUCCAGGAGGUCAUCAGGCACGACCUGGGGAAGGAGUUCCCCGAGCUGCAGGGCCACAUCCACGGCGAGGAGUCCAACGAGUUCAGGAACGGGCAGGGGGAGACGGUGGCGGUGCGGGUCUGUGCCACGCCGGGAGACACCGCGGCCCUGCUGCUCUCCGUGCUGGAGCCCGAGCGGACGGCUGCCGAGCUGCUGGCGGCCGCCGUGCACCGGGACGUGGCGCUGGGGGACGCGGAGCUGGCCGGUGUGGCGCUCAGCAUCCCCCCCCAGGACCUGGCCAUCUGGAUAGACCCCAUCGACUCCACCAACGAAUACAUCGGCGGGCGUGAGGACGUGACCCCCGUCGACGGCAUCGCCCCGGCGGGGCUGUGCUCAGCACUGGUGCUCAUCGGGGCCUACGACCGGCACACGGGCUGCCCCGUGCUGGGCGUCAUCAACGAGCCCUUCUUCCGCCGGGACCCCCUGACCCGCAGGUGGCAGGGGAGGUACCACUGGGGCGUCGCAUAUGGCGACACGCGGCUGUGCUCGCUGAGCCCCCCGCCGCCGUGCCCCGCGCCCUGUGUGGUGCUGAGCCGGGCGGAGGGGGAGGCGGUGCGGGCAGCCCUGGGCCCCCUCUGCGGCGACCGCCUGCGCUUCGCCGCCGGUGCCGGCUACAAGAUGCUCUGCGUCAUCCUGGGGCUGGCGGACGCCUACGUCCUCUCCGAGGGCAGCACCUUCGCCUGGGACGCCUGUGCCCCCCACGCCAUCCUGCGGGCCCUGGGCGGGGGUGCGGUGGCCCUGGCGGGGGCCCUACGGGCGCGGCGGGUGGGUGACACUGGGCCCCCCCCCGAGCUGGUCUACAACCGCCCGGCGGAGGGGGCGGCGGGGGCCGAGCGUUGGGCAAACCGGGGCGGCCUCGUGGCCUACGCGCACCCCCAGCACCUGGAGGCCGUGCUGGCCGCGCUGGCCACCGUGCCGGGGCUCUGA